GUCCCAACAACGACUCUAAAUGAGGGCAACACUUUUGGUUAACACUUCGUCUCAGGAACUUGUACAAUCUAUUCGUGAGGGUGCGGGUAGGUACUUUAGGCUCUUUGAACUCCUACUAUGCAAUGAACAUGAUUUGAUUGCUGUCUGGCACGAUGAGGCUAUAUGCCCCUCAAACGACCACUUUGUGUGCUAUAUAACCGAGACAAAAACACCUGCCAACGCGGACGUCAGCUACGCACUUUUCUGCGCGCGUAUUCCGGUCCUUGCUCUUAAACCAUGUGAGGUUGGGCUUUCUUCGUUGCUCUUUUCACCAGCCAAUCUUCCUUCGUAUGGGAAAGAUAACAUUCAGAUUUCGAUUGUUGAGCUCCUGCAUUUUUUCUUCCCCCGGAAGUGGGAUUGUGAAAAUGGCAUCCUUGUCCUGGAGGGCGGAGAUGGUGCUGGAAAGCAAACUCAAACUAAACUUCAGAUCGAGCAUUUAAGGGCUGAGAAUGUUUCGGCUCGAACGCUAGACUUCCCAAAUGAGAAGGCGCCUUAUGGCGGCGUCAUACGAGCUAUUCUUUCUGGUAAAAAAGGUGGAAUUUCAGAUUUAGAUCCAAAACUAUUCAGCUUCAUAUACUCACUCAAUAGAUAUGGAUGCUUGCCAGAGCUGAGACUCUGGAUGCAGCAUGGGCAUGUUGUUGUGUGUGACCGUUACUAUACCGCUAACUUCGGGCAUCAGGCCGCUAAGCUGCCUGAAAAUAAGAGAAUGAGCUUUAUCCGACACCUGGAGGAGUUAGAGGUAAAUUGGUUAACCCUACCAUCAGCCAAAAAAGUUUUUUACCUAGACCUACCACACAAAAUCGCUAUGCAAGCUAUGAGGGGUGACCCAACGCGUAAGUAUUUGGAUAUUCACGAAACAGCAGGUGAAACAUAUAAGAACAAUGUUCGGCAAACAUUCUUGUGGUGUUGCAAUGAGUUAAAGGGAUGGAGAUGUAUUAGUUGUUGCGAUGCAGACGGAAGAAGAUUCACGCCUGAGGAGCUGCAUGAGAAAAUAUACAACGAUGUGUGCAAUUCCGGUCUGUCCAAAAGCUUCACAAGGACCCUUUAA